UCGGCACAGGGACCCCGGUCCAAAGGAGGCACUCUGCUCCUGGCACAGCUUUCUUGAUGGUAUGAGGUCCCCCUAUACUUCAUCCUUGUUCACAAGAGAGUUUUGGAAAAUGUUAAGAUAAUACUGCCUUUAUUUAAAAAUACACAGAAAAAGUGUUUUAUCUGGCAUUCUAUCAUCCACAUUUCAGCUAAGCUACAGUAUAAAGGCAAUUGAUGUUCAUAAUUUGAGGGUCUUGAAAGAUCCUAAAAUGCCUUUUAGGCCAUCAAAGAAAAAUGAAAUAAUAUUAGAUGGAGUUGAGGUUUUUUUUUAACUUUGAUAUAGUUUUAACAGUGAUUUUUUUUUUUCAAUUGCCCUUUAAGUUUUUAAAAAUUGGGAAACUGCAAAUUGUAUAAAAGCGAAUUAUCUUACUUCGGAACAUUCAAUUAACCAGAAAACCCCAUUCUCUAAGCAGGCACUCUAACAGAAAUUUUAUGAAAAAGGAAACGUGGCCAGAGCAAAACAUUUCCUCUUCUUAUAAACCUUGAACUAAGCGUGUCCCUUACCGAUUAUAUACGGUCCCUUGGGCCUCAGAACUUUCCACAAGCGCCCAGGUCUCUAUGGCGAUGCACCGGGCUGCUGAAGCGGAAACGCAGGCAAUAGGUACCCACAGGGGAGAAGCUUUGGCUGCAGAAAACGACGCAGGUCCGUCUAGAGGGUCGGGGGCUGACUGCUGCCAUCUGGCCAGGAGUCUGUAGCACCCCCCGGGCGGCCUGUCCACGAAAGCGGGCGGCGCACUACCUCCAGGCUGGCAACUGUGAUGGCUGCCACUGCGCCGGGGUCUGGCGGCUCCCUCUGGGACCCCGCUUUCGUCGGUGCUUACACUGCACCCUUCCCACGUCCACGGAGGCCAUGACUCAGGUGAAAGGAGUUCGUUUUGCCCAGCCCCUGGUCCCAUGCAGCCGUUCAGUAUCCCAUUUCAAAUUACACUCCAGGGCGGCAAGAGACGCCAGGGGAGGACAGGCCUUUCUACCUCUGGGAAAAAGAGAAAUACAGACUACAAUGAUGGAGACCCUCCAGAUGUGCACAAGAAGCUGCCGUCCAGUGCAGGAGAGGACCGAGCCAUGCUCCUGGGAUUUGCGGUGAUGGGCUUCUCCGUCCUAAUGUUCUUCUUGCUUGGAAUAACCAUCCUAAAGCCUGUCAUGCUCAGCACUCAGGGAGAAGAAUCGAACUGCACCAUCAUCCACACACAUAUCACGGACGACUGGCUGGACUGUGCUUUCACCUGUGGUGUGGACUGCUGAGGUCAGGGGAAGUACCUAUGUCUCCAGGUGUUUGUGAACCUCACCCACUCAGGUCAGAAAGCUCUCCUACAUUAUAAUGAAGAGGCUGUACAGAUCAAUUCCAAGCGUAAUGUUACAGACUGCAAAGUUAAAGAAAAGCAGACAUUGACAGGUUCUGAUGAGCACAGACAGUAAGUGCAGUCACAGGCCAGACUUCUUGCUAGGAACAGCAAGACUGGGAAGAGGUCUUAAAUUUAGUGACACUGUUAUUAUUCUAUAUUCUCAGUACAGUAACACAUGCAUCUAGCUGUGUCAAAUACUUUUUGGGCCAUUAUUGAAAGAACAUUAAAAAACAUUCUUCUUCCACCUAGUGCAGUAUACCACAGGACUUCAAGUAACUGAAUGACAAAAUAGAAAUAAAUAAAUAUGCUACAAUUAAAGGGGUGGUGGGCUAAAAGAGGUGGUGGGAGCUCCUUUUUGAAAUUUCCACAGUAAACAUUUCAUGUGUUACUAGUCUUCUUUUGGUAGUGUCACAUUCCCCAAGAUACUAACAGUGCUUAUGGCAUGUUCAAAAGGAUAUAUAUCCUUUUAGAUUUUAUUCAACUCAAACCUUCCAAGUUCAAUGAUUGAUUCAUAAUGAAUUUAUGAACUGCAAUUGAAACAUAGGUUCCACAGCCAAAAACAUUUCUAGAACUGAAAUGGAGGUAAAGCUCUCCAACCACUUUUAGGUACUUAAAUCUGGUAAAGGGCUUUUUCUUAUGAAAUCAAUAGAUGAUGACAUUUGGAAAUUCAUACUAGAAUUAUGGAGUUUAGUCUUACAAAAGAUUUUAAGGAAAUACAAAACAAUGAAGGCUUUCUGCCUCCCUGCUCACCCAGGAUUAACAGAAACAAGAAUUACCUAAAAAUAUACAUAGCCUUUAGCAUAACCACACAAUUAUUUUAGUGACAGAUUAAGGUUGUGGAUAAAUUCAGAGAUUUUAACUGGCUUACCAGAUGCAUCAGAAACCUUUUCCACACUUUACAACAUGAAGAAUGAGUCUACUGUUGGUAGUGAAAAUCAGUUACCUAAAUGCACUAAAUGUACCAUGGGCUGAUUUUAGUUUCCUCCCUACUAAAAUUCUUAUAUGUAGUUGUGUAAAAAUUAAGUCAGAAAAUUUCCUGUGGCUCACACUUGUCACCGUAUGCUAACUAGCAUGGCUGGAAUAUUAACAUACCUAAAACCAAGUAGAAGGAAUGGCCUUGCACUAAUAAAAAUAAAGUGCAAAAUCUUAAUCAAGUGCAAUACUUGAAUGAAAUAAGCUUAUUUAAAGACUAACAUCCCAACUUGGGAAACUUCUAGUAAAUUCUAAACUCAUCUGAAUUUUAGAAACUCAAUGCUUACACCUUUUACAAAAGAUGCCUCGACUAGGGGAAUAGCAAGCAGUGUACACAAACAGACGUGUGCAAAUAUACACAUACAAAAUGCACUAAUAAUGAAGAAAAGAGAACAAAAUCAAUUUUAAAAGUUAAAUUCAAGACCUGGCACCACGGUCUUUUCCAAAUGGCUAGAGCAAUGAUUAAAUGUUAGCCAAAGUAUUUUCUUAAUGUCUCCAAUGCCAUUAAAACACCCCCAUUACCAUCAACUCGAUUCCAACUCGUAGCCAAUUCUGACCUUAUAAAUCUAAAAUACCGUGCUCUGCAAAAUCUUUUGUAACGUCAGAGCCUAAAGUACUGAAUUGUGACUCAUCUACUUUUUUCCCCAUUAUCUGGUUUCUUAUCACCUGGAACCUUCUGAGGUAGUUACCAAUCCAAUUUUAUCAGGACCGUCGUUGCACUGAGCUAAUACUCAUAAUCUUCUCAGAAAGUGAAAAUAUUUUUUAAGAGAAAAGAAAAGAAGAAAGGCUUCCCAGGCCAUGACAAUAUGAUACAUUUAUAAUUUUUAAUGUAAUAAUUAAAAAAUAAAAAUGAUUGUGUUUUAAAAAACAGUCCAGCUGUAUUGUUCUGCCACCAAGAAUUAUUAUCUGAGGAUCUUGUCAAUGCUGACUUUUAUAGAUCAGCCUUUGAAACGCCAUCCUCAAUGAGUUCAUUCUCUCAUGGUAUGCACAAUAUACUCACAAUUUUCAGCUUUCUCCUAUAUAGUGCCCCAUCUGAGCAGGAUGGAUAUGAAGAAUGGAAUUCAUUCAGACAGCUCCUCCUUAUUCUGCCCCCUCCCUCCAUAUUCCCCUCUUCUCAAAAACGUCUGAAGUAUGAAAGUUGUUUGUAAGUAGUAGAAGCACCACGAUCUAUCAAUACCACAAUAUUGUCUUUAAACUGAAAUAUUUAGUGAUGUCUUAGACAUCAAAAUAAAUUUUUUAAGGUGGAUUCUGAGUACAUGGGUCCAGCCCGGGUUUGCAGUUUGUACAGAUACAGAAACCAGAGGAAUUUAUUAUAUUCAGAAAAGUUGACAUGCUGGCUUUAAAAUAAUGCUGGAAAUUAAAUUUCUUCAAAGAGUUGUUAAGCAUGGGCUAUUGAUCAGAAUCGGAAUUAAGUGGAUUUACAAAAUCAUUAAGAAACAAAUCUAAGUUUAUGUGCUGUGAAAUUUCUAUGGUGCCUU